AUGCAGUUCAUGCUCUGCAGGUUGAUUGAACACAUUUGGAAAAGGAUUUUUCUUUUCUCUUUAACUCUCUUCUUUCUUUCUUUCUUUCUUUCUUUCUUUCUUUCUUUCUUUCCCGUUUCUCAUUUUUUCUUUCUUUCUUUUUUUUUCUUUCUUUUCUCUUCUUUCCUUAACGCCCUUUCUUUUUUUAUUCUUAGAUUUUUUUUUUUGUUUUCUUUAACUCUCUUCUUUCUUUCUUUCUUUCUUUCUUUCCCGUUUCUCAUUUGCAACAUUUCUGCUACCAUCUUGUCUAUAUCCUUUCUUUCAUCUUGUCGCAUUAUCUUUUCUUUUUUUCUCUUCUUCAUUUUCAUUUUUUCUUUCUUUCUAUUUCUUUCUUUCUUUUUUCUUUCUUUCUUUCUAUUUCUUUCUUUCUUUCUUAACCUUCGGACUCUUCAAUGCUUCUUUUCUUUCUUUCUUUUUCUUUCUUUCUUUCUAUUUCUUUCUUUUUUCUUUCUUUCUUUCUAUUUCUUUCUUUCUUUCAUUUUCUUAGAUCUCUCUUCUUUCUUUCUUUCUUUUCUUUCUUUCUUUUCUUCUUUCUUUCUUUCUUUCUUUCUUUCUUUCCCGUUUCUCAUUUGCAACAUUUCUGCUACCAUCUUGUCUAUAUCCUUUCUUUCAUCUUGUCGCAUUAUCUUUUCUUAUUUUUCUCUUCUGCAUUUCCAUUUCUUUCUUUCUUUCUUUCUUUCUUUCUUUCUUUCUUUUUUUCUUUUUUUUCCUAUUUGUUUUCUUUCUUUCUUAACCUUCGGGCUCUUCAAUGCUUCCUUUCUUUGUCGCAUUUCUUUUCUUUCUUUCUUUCUUUCUUUCUUUCUUAGAUCUCUUCUUCUUUCUUUUAACGCCCUUUUUUUUUCAUUCUUAGAUUUUUCUUUUCUCUUUUUCUACAUUCUUUCUUUCUUUCUUUUUUUUUUUUCUUUCUUUUCUUUCUUUCUUUUUCUUUUCUUUCUUUUCCUUUUUCUCAUUUGCAACAUUUCUGCUACCAUCUUUUUCUUUCUUUCUUUCUUUCUUUCUUUUCUUUCUUUCUUUCUUUCUUUCUUUCUAUUUCUUUCUUCUUUCGUUAACGCCCUUUUUUUUUCAUUCUUAGAUUUUUUUUUUUUUUCUUUAACUCUCUUCUUUCUUUCUUUCUUUCUUUCUUUCUUUCUUUCUUUCUUUCUUUCUUUCUUUCUUUCCCAUUUUUCUUUUCUCUUUAACUCUCUUCUUUCUUUCUUUCUUUCUUUCUUUCUUUCUUUCUUUCUUUCUUUCCCUUUCUUUCUUUCUUUCUUUCUUUCUUUCUUUCUUUCUUUCUUUCUUUCUUUCUUUCUGUCUUUCUUUCUUUUCUUUCUUUCUUUUCUUAGAUCUCUUCUUCUUUCGUUAACGCCCUUUUUUUUUUUUUUAUUCUUAGAUUUUUUUUUUCUUUUUCUUUUCUUUCUUUUUCUUUCUUUCUUUCUUUCUUUCUUUCUUUCGUUUUCUUUCCCUUUCUUUCUUUCUUUCUUUCUAUUUCUUUCUUUCUUUUUUCUUUCUUUCUUUCUAUUUCUUUCUUUCUUUCUUUCUUUCUUAGAUCUCUCUUCUUUCUUUCUUUUUUUUUUUUCUUUUAACUAUUCUUCUUUCUUUCUUUUUUUUUCUUUCUUUCUUUCUUUUCUUUUCUUUCUUUCUUUCUUUUUUUCUCGCUCCUCCUUUUUCUCAUUUCAACAUUUCUUGCUACCAUCUUGUCUAUUUCCUUUUUCUUUCAUCUUGUCGCAUUAUCUUUUCUUUUUUUCUCUUCUGCAUUUCCAUUUCUUUUCUUUCUUUCUUUCUUUCUUUCUUUCUUUCUUUCUUUCUUUCUUUCUUUCUUUCUAUUUCUUUCUUUCUUUCUUAACCUUCGGACUCUUCAAUGCUUCUAUCUCUCUUCUUUCGUUAACGCCCUUUCUUUUUUCAUUCUUAGAUUUUUCUUUUCUCUUUAACUCUCUUCUUUCUUUCUUUCUUUUUCUUUUUCUUUCUUUCUUUCUUUUUCUUUUUUCUUUUUUCUUUCUUUUCUUUCUUUCUUUCCCGUUUCUCAUUUUGCAACAUUUCUCUUACCAUCUUGUCAAUAUCCUUUCAUUUUCAUCUUGUCGCAUUAUCUUUUCUUAUUUUUUCUCUUCUGCAUUUCCAUUUCUUUCUUUCUUUCUUUCUUUCUUUCUAUUUCUUUCUUUCUUUCUUUCUUUCUUUCUCUUUCUAUUUCUUUCUUUCUUUCUUAACCUUCGGACUCUUCAAUGCUUCCGUUUUUCUCGCUCCCGCUUUCUUACAUUGUUCUAUAGUUUCUUACAUUGUUCUAUAGUUUUAUUGUUUGUUUCUUUCUUUCUUUCUUUCUUUCUUUCUUUCGUUAACGCCCUUUCUUUUUCAUUCUUUCUUUCUUUCAUCAUCUUCCUCGCUUUCAUGUUUAUCACUUCAAAUUUAUCAUUUCCAAUUUCUUAUAUUUCUGCCAUGUUUAUACAUUCUCUCUUUCUUUCUUUUUGCAUUCUACUUUCUUUUUUCUUUUCUUCUUUAUUUCUUUCCUUUAUUUUUACAUUCUAA